UUGGCCUGCUUGCUUAUAAUUGUCCUUUGGACCCCCCACGUUCCUUUCUUUGCUCUGUUUGUGUUCUCUGGUCUCAUGGCUCCUUCGACCGUUCAUCACGCCGACUCGAUGCCCGAUCUCCGAGCGCAGCCUGUCCGUGAUAGCGCCAGCCAUCCGUUCAAGAAUAGCCGAAGUCUUUUGGUCCUGAUACCGAACAAAAUAGACGUCGAAGAGGAGUCCAGAUUAUAUGACGAGCUUUGCGACGUCCCCGUACGCCCACCCGCUUACUCUUCCCCUCCCGAGUCACCGCUACAACGGCGUCCGCGGCCUCCUUCAGUAUUUUCGAACGACAUAUGGUUGGAAGAUCAUGUGGGAGAGAACAUGGCGUUCGCAAGGGACGUGAAGAUCAGUGGCUGGACAAGCGUUGGCGACAAAUUAGGCGGCGCGUAUGUCGUGUAUGAUUGUGUUAUCAAAACUAAGGAGGGCACCGUAAUCCACGCACACAAGCGCUUUUCAGAUUUUGAAAAGCUCUACACCAACCUCCUCCUCACCCUCCCCCGCAACCUCCACCACCUUGUCCCGCAGCUCCCGCCGAAAUCCGCUCUCGCGAAGUACCGCCCGACGUUCCUUGAUAAGCGACGAAGACUACUAGAGCACUGGCUGGCCGCUGUUUUGCUGCAUCCCGAUAUUGGAGGCUGUAAAGCUGUCGGUAGAUGGGUUAUGGAGUAGUGUGUAGUGAACUUGCGUUAUCGGGA